UCUUGAGUUAGUAACUUCCUGUUCGACAGUAACGUUUUAACACCAGAUGCUGAUGUAUUAUUUUACAAACCACAGCGCCUGUGCCUUUGCUUGCAGCGUUUAAUUCUGAGAAGCAUGGGGAGAAUGGUGGAGACUUUGCUGUGGGUCUGGAUUGUCCUGGGCUCCGAAGUGUGUUCAGUUUCACUGCCAGGAAUCACUGACGCAAAGUUCAUUAAUGACUGUGUGAGCGAACACAACAGGGCGCGGUCAUCGGUUAAUCCUCCUGCGAGCGACAUGCUGUACAUGACAUGGGAUGAGGGCUUGGCCAUCACUGCAAGAGCGUGGGCGAGACACUGUAGAUUUGAACACAACAUCUACCUUGACGAUGUCCGGCGUGUGCACCCUACCUUUAACUCUGUAGGAGAAAACCUCUGGAUAGGCUCCCCACAAUCAUCUUUCACUGUGAAGGGAGCCAUACAAAGUUGGGUGAAAGAGAAAGUAGACUAUAACUACAACCGCAACGCAUGCACAAACAAGUGUGGCCACUACACACAGGUUGUGUGGGCAAGCAGCUACAAGGUUGGUUGUGCCGUCCAGCUGUGCCAAAAUGGUGUGAUUGGUGGCUUUGGUAACAGAGAGACUGUCAAUUUUGUAUGCAACUACGCUGUGGGGGGUAACGUGAUAGGAAUGAGACCAUACGAAUCACAGGGGACAGCCUGUUCUCGAUGUGAAGGCACAUGUUUGGACAGUCUCUGCCGUAGCCAAGAACGAGAUUCACCAAAAAGCUACACCUGGGCUCCAGACUGGGCUCCAGGCUGGGCUCCAGACUGGGCUUCAGACUGGGACCCUGUCCAGACUUACAGUGACUCAAACUAUGUGAAUAUUCUGGUGGUUCGACCCAUUGCCCUCAUCUUAACCUUCAUCGCAGCAUAUGCAGUUCACCACUUCUACCCCGAUACCUUCUGCUAUGAAUAGACCGUAUGCGCUUACCAGAAGGACAUGGACUUAGUCAGUGAGUUUAAUUCAUCGGUUUAUUUUUCUGUCUAUGCACAGCUGUCAGAAAGUACAUCACUCUACCCACCAGCUUCUUUGUAGAGACACAAAGAAGCUGGUGGGUAGCUAAACUCAACUAAACUCAGGUUUGGCAGAGAAGAUGUAAAUGCAUCCCAAGUUGUCUACUGUAUUUUUCUGAGUUUUGAUAUAAAUGAAUUGAUCAAAUGUAAAAUGAGAGAAUGCUCAGAGUGCUCUACAGAGCAUUUUAGCAUCUUUCAGCUCAUUGUUUUGAUUUUAUGGCCUCCCACUGAAACGUCUAAGAGCCAGAAAAACAGCUAAAAUGGGAGCUUUUACUUGAUGAUGGAAACACACAAGAUUCCAAAUAAAUGCUAAUCAAUGUGUGUGGACGAGUAAAUAGCAACAUGUUUACUAUGUCAACAUCAUGAUGUCAGUUUACAGAUUUGUGCCAGUGAGUAUUAACAGUGUUUGAUAUUUAAAACAAAGUACAGCUCUGCAACAAGCGCUGCCAGAAAUACGGUGGUACAAAAAAUGGAG